AACGCCCACUGACGUACGAAGGAGAAUUUCCUUUCUCUCGCUGUAUUCCCGUCGCUCAUUCUUCAUCCAACCAUUGUCACUCGUUUAAACAUGGUUUCGUCUAAACUUCUCACGGGCGUGUUAGCCAUGUUCGCCGCCAAUGGCGUCAACGCUGGGCCAUGCCGACCUUCUUCCUCCACUGUUGACAUAACGGCCACUGCCGACACCACCACUGCUGAGACAUCAGCUAUCACUGUUGGCGAGACUCUCGCCGAGUCCCUUACUGGUCUCAGCUCGACCGAGACUGCUACCGCCGAUGGUACCACUGAGACACUCUCCGUUUCGACUGAGACUUUAGCUGCUAUCGAUAGCACCACGACCGAAGAACCAACUUCAACAGUCGCUGCCUCCACCACGACUUCAGCUGCUGUUCCUGAGUGCGCCACCAACGCCGACUGUGACGGAGCAACUCCCUUCUGUGACGUAGGAACAUGCGUUGCUACUGAUCCCAACGCCGAGUGUUCUACAAACGCAGACUGCAAUGCUCUCCAUGGAAGUUCCGCUCCUUUCUGUACUUCUGCAGGAAACUGUGUCGGGUGUCGUGGAGAUGGAGAUUGCUACGGUGAAACACCCUACUGUGACGGCGGCUUUUGUAACGAUUACAUAGGCCAUAUUGGAUUCGGACGUUAAUACGCCUCGCUGAGCUUCCAUAAGCUUUAAGAUAGAUGUAUUGGCUCACUCUCAUGCACAAGCCUUCUGUACGCUUCUUGACCAUCUGUCUGGGCUGGCUCAAGCUUUGAAGCCGCGUCUGGAGGUGCAAAUCUGUUUCUAUUAAUGUCCAUGGCUGAAAUUCUCUUCCGCCCACCAAAGGUAAACCUAGGCUUUGCGUGGAGAUUAUGGCUCUUACCAAGUUCGUCUUCUAUUACUACUCACUAGCUGCUCAGAUGUUAAUUCAAACCAAAUCUGAUGCAACGCGUAAAGGGAC